AUGGUGUGCCGGCAAGGGGACAAAGUGGAUGACCGGGUUGCUUUGGGCGCCCGGCUGGCUUGGCCUGGGCCUGGUACGAAUACAACAGUGAUAGAACAAAGCUCUUCCCCCACAAACCCUACAGUAUCAGAAAACACUCUGAGUUCACUUUUCCAGUCUAGUGUUAUAACUACAGCCCAACAGCCUCAAUCAUCAGUAACAUCAAAUAAUACAUCUGUGCAGGAAAACUCAACAUCGUUAACUGCUGAAAAUAGUACCACUCCUGAGUCUGCAUCAGUGACUAAAAGAAUGACAACUUCUUUCCCAUCAAAUACAACACUGAAUGAAACAACGCCCUUGGACUCACAAACCUCAACAACACAAUCAACAAAUGAAAUUAAAUCUUCAUCCGUUGGUAUUAAGCAAAAUACAAUUAUCGAAACCCAGAGUGUUACUACAUCACUUACAAGUACUGAAGCACCAUCAACCAAUAUAAAAAUGUCUAGUGCAAUUCAGACUACACCUUCAGCUUCAUCCCUUAGUACUGAGCAGAAGACAACUGCUGUAACAAGUACUGAACGGCCUUUAUCCAGUACAGAAACCUCUAGUGCAAUUCAUACUACACCUUCAGCUUCAUCCAUUAGUACUGAACAGAAGACAACUACUGUAACACAUGAAACCCAGAGUGUCACUACAUCAUUAACAAGCACUGAAGCACCAUCAACCAGUACAGAAAUCUCUAGUGCAAUUCAUACUACACCUUCAGCUUCAUCACUUAGUACUGAGCAGAAGACAACUACUGUAACAAGUACUGAAUUGGGGUUAUCCAGUACAGAAACCUCUAGUGCAAUCCAUACUACACCUUCAGCUUCAUCCAUUAGUACUGAACAGAAGACAACUACUAAAACACAUGAAAACCAGAGUGCUACUACAUCAUUAACAAGUACUGAAGCACCAUCAACCAGUACAGAAACUUCUAGUACAAUUCAAAUUACACCUUCAGCCUCUUCCUUUAGUACUGAACAGAAGACAACUACUCUAACAAGUACUGAACUGUCUUUAUUCAGUACAGAAACCUCUAGUGCAAUUCAUACUACACCUUCAGCUUCAUCCAUUAGUACUGAACAGAAGACAACUACUGAAACAGAUGAAACCCAGAGUGCUACUACAUCAUUAACAAGUACUGAAGCACCAUCAUCCAGUACAGAAACCUCUAGUGCAAUUCAUACUACACCUUCAGGUUCAUCCAUUAGUACUGAGCAGAAGACAACUACUAAAACACAUGAAAACCAGAGUGCUACUACAUCAUUAACAAGUACUGAAGCACCAUCAACCAGUACAGAAACUUCUAGUACAAUUCAAAUUACACCUUCAGACUCAUCCUUUAGUACUGAACAGAAGACAACUACUCUAACAAGUACUGAAAUGCCUUUAUCCAGAACAGAAACCUCUAGUGCAAUUCAUACUACACCUUCAGCUUCAUCCAUUAGUACUGAACAGAAGACAACUACUCUAACAAGUACUGAACUGCCUUUAUCCAGUACAGAAACCUCUAGUGCAAUCCAUACUACACCUUCAGCUUCAUCCAUUAGUACUGAACAGAAGCCAACUAUUGUUACACAUGAAACCCAGAGUGUCAUUACAUUAUUAAGAAGUACUGAAGCACCAUCAACCAGUAAAGAAAACUCUAGUUCAAUUCAUACUACACCUUCAGCUUCAUCCAUUAGUACUGAACAGAAGACAACUACUCUAACAAGUGCUGAACUGCCUUUAUCCAGUACAGAAACCUCUAGUGCAAUUCAUACUACACCUUCAGCUUCAUCCAUUAGUACUGAACAGAAGACAACUACUCUAACAAGUACUGAACUGGGUUUAUCCAGUACAGAAACCUCUAGUGCAAUUCAUACUACACCUUCAGCUUCAUCCAUUAGUACUGAACAGAAGACAACUACUCUAACAAGUACUGAACUGGGUUUAUCCAGUACAGAAACCUCUAGUGCAAUUCAUACUACACCUUCAGCUUCAUCCAUUAGUACUGAACAGAAGACAACUACUCUAACAAGUACUGAACUGGGUUUAUCCAGUACAGAAACCUCUAGUGCAAUUCAUACUACACCUUCAGCUUCAUCCAUUAGUACUGAACAGAAGACAACUACUCUAACAAGUACUGAACUGCCUUUAUCCAGUACAGAAACCUCUAGUGCAAUUCAUACUACACCUUCAGCUUCAUCCAUUAGUACUGAACAGAAGACAACUACUCUAACAAGUACUGAACUGCCUUUAUCCAGUACAGAAACCUCUAGUGCAAUUCAUACUACACCUUCAGCUUCAUCCAUUAGUACUGAACAGAAGACAACUACUCUAACAAGUACUGAAAUGCCUUUAUCCAGUACAGAAACCUCUAGUGCAAUUCAUACUACACCUUCAGCUUCAUCCAUUAGUACUGAACAGAAGACAACUACUGUAACACAUGAAACCCAGAGUGCCACUACAUUAUUAAGAAGUACUGAAGCACCAUCAACCAGUACAGAAAACUCUAGUGCAAUUCAAACUACACCUUCAGCUUCAUCCAUUAGUACUGAACAGAAGACAACUACUCUAACAAGUACUGAACUGCCUUUAUCCAGUACAGAAACCUCUAGUGCAAUUCAUACUACACCUUCAGCUUCAUCCAUUAGUACUGAACAGAAGACAACUACUCUAACAAGUACUGAACUGCCUUUAUCCAGUACAGAAACCUCUAGUGCAAUUCAUACUACACCUUCAGCUUCAUCCAUUAGUACUGAACAGAAGACAACUACUGUAACACAUGAAACCCAGAGUGUCACUACAUUAUUAAGAAGUACUAAAGCACCAUCAACCAGUUCAGAAAACUCUAGUGCAAUUCAAACUACACCUUCAGCUUCAUCCAUUAGUACUGAACAGAAGACAACUACUGUAACACAUGAAACCCAGAGUGUCACUACAUUAUUAAGAAGUACUAAAGCACCAUCAACCAGUUCAGAAAACUCUAGUGCAGUUCAAACUACACCUUCAGCUUCAUCACUUAGUACUGAACAGAAGACAACUACUCUAACAAGUACUGAACUGCCUUUAUCCAGUACAGAAACCUCUAGUGCAAUUCAUACUACACCUUCAGCUUCAUCCAUUAGUACUGAACAGAAGACAACUACUCUAACAAGUACUGAACUGCCUUUAUCCAGUACAGAAACCUCUAGUGCAAUUCAUACUACACCUUCAGCUUCAUCCAUUAGUACUGAACAGAAGACAACUACUCUAACAAGUACUGAACUGCCUUUAUCCAGUACAGAAACCUCUAGUGCAAUUCAUACUACACCUUCAGCUUCAUCCAUUAGUACUGAACAGAAGACAACUACUCUAACAAGUACUGAAAUGCCUUUAUCCAGUACAGAAACCUCUAGUGCAAUUCAUACUACAUCUUCAGCUUCAUCCAUUAGUACUGAACAGAAGACAGCUACUGUAACACAUGAAACCCAGAGUGCCACUACAUUAUUAAGAAGUACUGAAGCACCAUCAACCAGUACAGAAAACUCUAGUGCAAUUCAAACUACACCUUCAGCUUCAUCCAUUAGUACUGAACAGAAGACAACUACUCUAACAAGUACUGAAAUGCCUUUAUCCAGUACAGAAACAUCUAGUGCAAUUCAUACUACACCUUCAGCUUCAUCCAUUAGUACUGAACAGAAGUCAACUACUCUAACAAGUACUGAAAUGCCUUUAUCCAGUACAGAAACCUCUAGUGCAAUUCAUACUACACCUUCAGCUUCAUCCAUUCGUACUGAACAGAAGAGAACUACUCUAACAAGUGCUGAACUGCCUUUAUCCAGUACAGAAACCUCUAGUGCAAUUCAUACUACACCUUCAGCUUCAUCCAUUAGUACUGAACAGAAGACAACUACUGUAACACAUGAAACCCAGAGUGUCACUACAUUAUUAAGAAGUACUGAAGCACCAUCAACCAGUACAGAAAACUCUAGUGCAAUUCAAACUACACCUUCAGCUUCAUCCAUUAGUACUGAACAGAAGACAACUACUCUUCAUCCACUUAGUACUGAACAGAAGACAACUACUCUAACAAGUACUGAACUGCCUUUAUCCAGUACAGAAACCUCUAGUGCAAUUCAUACUACACCUUCAGCUUCAUCCAUUAGUACUGAACAGAAGACAACUACUCUAACAAGUACUGAACUGCCUUUAUCCAGUACAGAAACCUCUAGUGCAAUUCAUACUACACCUUCAGCUUCAUCCAUUAGUACUGAACAGAAGACAACUACUCUAACAAGUACUGAAAUGCCUUUAUCCAGUACAGAAACAUCUAGUGCAAUUCAUACUACACCUUCAGCUUCAUCCAUUAGUACUGAACAGAAGACAACUACUCUAACAACUUCAUCCAUUAGUACUGAACAGAAGACAACUACUCUAACAAGUACUGAACUGCCUUUAUCCAGUACAGAAACCUCUAGUGCUAUUCAUACUACACCUUCAGCUUCAUCCAUUAGUACUGAACAGAGGAGAACGACUGUAACACAUGAAACCCAGAGUGUUACUCCAUCACUAACAAGUACUGAAGCACCAUCAACCAGUACAGAAACGUCUAUUCCAAUUCUGAUCUCAACUUCAGCUUUAUCCCUUAGUACUGAGCAGAAGACAAGCAUUGUAACACAUGAAACCCAGAGUGUUACUACCUCAUUAACUACUGUAACAAGUACUGAACUGCCUUUAACCAGUGUAGAAACUUCUAGUUCGAUUUAUACUACAUCUUCUCUUUCAUCGAUUAGUCCUGAGAAGAAGACAACUACUGUAACACAUGAAACUCAGAGUGUUACUACACCAUUAACUAGUAGAUUGCAAACUCAGUCAUCAGUAUUUACUUCAGAAACAAGUUCUCAAACUAUUACCACAGAUUUGGGAAUUUCCACAACAUCCAAAGCUUCAUCAACUUCAUGUUCUGGGAAUUUAAGUGGAAAUAAUUGUCAGAAUGGACAAAACUAUGUAAAUGUUGUAAUAGGUAAAAAUGCACCCCAGAAAAACAUAAAUUUGCUAAUUUCAUUAAAUCUCACAUUCACUUCAAGUCUGCAAGACAACUCUUCUGAAGCCUACAAUUUACUUGCAACUGUAACUAAGAAGGUUUUUACUGAAAUCUACAGUAAAGCUGCCCCACAAUCCUUUGCCGGGUUUAUUCUAUAUGGAUUCAGUAAAGGAAGCGUCAUUGCUAACACCUCUGGGAUCUACAACUAUCCCAACAAUCAGACAGGGAUUGACUUUAUCAACAAUAAUCUGACAACGGAUCUCAUCUAUGAAAUAACUAACAUGAACACAACUGAACUCAAUACAACCGUGACUAAUGUGACAGCAACAACACCUGAAGCCUCUCCAAUAACAAAUGUAUCCGAACUACUUAACUACAUGUCAUGCAGUCUGAACUUUACUGGUUAUAACAUCACUUGUAAUGAGUCUUGUGCAUGUGUGGGACCUUGUGAACAGAAUCCUGGUUACUGUCAACAUGAAGGCACUUGCUACAAUCAAGCCAGUGGACCAGUAUGCAAUUGUACAGGUCCAUAUACUGGAGACCAAUGUCAGGAUCAAAUACAGACACCACCUUCCAUCACGACAGACCUUUCUCCCACAAGUGAAACAGUAACUUACAUUUCAACUUCUACCCCUGAGUUACCAACAAUUACAUCAGCAAAAACUAUAGUUCCAGAAACUUCAGCUUUGUUAACAAGCAUGUCUACAACCACAGAACUUUCUCCCACCAGCGAAACAACAACUUCAAUUUCAUCUUCUACCACUGAGAACAUUCUCCCACUAGUGAAACAACAACAACUUCAAUUUCAUCGUCUACCACUGAGGUACCGACAAUUACAACAUCAACUUCCACAGUUCCAGAAACGUCUGCUUUGUUAG